AUGAAGCAGCAGAACGUACGUACCCUCUCCCUGAUCGCCUGUACCUUCACCUACUUGCUGGUGGGUGCGGCGGUGUUCGACGCCCUCGAGUCUGACCAUGAGAUGCGCGAGGAGGAGAAACUUAAAGCUGAAGAAGUCCGCAUCAGAGGCAAGUACAACAUCAGCUCCGAUGACUACCAGCAGCUGGAGCUGGUGAUCCUGCAGUCUGAGCCCCAUCGCUCUGGUGUCCAGUGGAAAUUCGCCGGUUCCUUCUACUUUGCCAUCACCGUCAUCACAACUAUAGGCUAUGGACAUGCUGCACCUGGCACAGAUGCUGGCAAGGCCUUCUGUAUGUUCUAUGCUGUGUUGGGCAUCCCCCUGACGCUGGUCAUGUUCCAGAGCUUGGGUGAGCGCAUGAAUACCUUCGUGCGCUGCCUGCUGAAGCGUUUCAAGAAGUGCUGUGGCAUGCGCAACACUGAUGUUUCUAUGGAAAACAUGGUGACCGUCGGCUUUUUCUCCUGUAUGGGCACCCUGUGCCUUGGGGCCGCUGCCUUCUCCAAGUGCGAGGACUGGAGCUUCUUUCACGCCUACUACUACUGCUUCAUUACACUGACUACUAUAGGAUUCGGGGACUUUGUGGCCCUGCAAGCCAAAGGUGCCCUGCAGAGGAAGCCAUUCUAUGUGGCCUUCAGCUUCAUGUAUAUCCUGGUGGGGUUGACCGUCAUUGGUGCCUUUCUCAAUCUCGUGGUCCUGCGAUUCCUGACUAUGAACACCGAUGAGGAGCUGCUGGAGGGAGAAGUUGCACAGAUACUUGCUGGACACCCAGCCAGAAUGUUCAUCGGUGUGCCAGGCGCCCGCCGUAGGUUCCAGGCUCAGUCGUUCCUGAAGAGAUAUGGCAGGACCCUGUGCUAUCUCUGCUUCCCAUUUGGUGUUGGUGACCAGGAUGAUGAUGAUGCUGUCCAUGAAGAAGUUGUUGCUCCUGGUCCUGCUCCUGGUCCUGCUCCUGGUCCUGCUCCUGCUCCUGGUCCUGCUCCUGGUCCUGCUCCUGCUCCUGCUCCUGCUCCUGCUCCUGCUCCUGCUGUGCAUACCAGACAAGUCCGGGCCAUUGUCCACUCCGUUUCCUGCAGAGUUCAAGAGAUCUCCCCAAACGCACUGAUGCACACCUGCUUUCGUACCCAAUUUGGAAACGGGAUGCACGGAAUGCACGGAAUGCACGGGAUGCACGGGAUGCACGGGAUGCACGGAAUGCACGGGAUGCACGGGAUGCACAUCUGCGGAGAGAACCACAGGCUGGCCUUUCGUCGCAAUUCCAUCUAA